UUGGAAAUGAGGUGUCCGUCCUGGAGUAGUCGACUUUUAAAAAGCUCCGGCAGCUCCUGAUAUGACGACUUCGCUGGUGCUGCACCCGCGCUGGCCGGACGCGCUCAUGUACGUUUACGAAAAGAGCUCCAAUGACAACAGCCCAAACAAGAGCCAGACCAUGGACGGACUGAGCGCCAACUGCCCGGCGAGCCACUGCAGGGAGCUGAUGUCGCACCCAGCGCUGGGCCGACACUCCGGCACCAUCGCGACCCACCAGAGCUCCGUCUACUCGGAUAUCUCCCCGGGCGACGGCGGACGUCAAUGCCCGGCGCCCCAGACCUCGUCCAGCGCGUCCCUCGGCUACGGGUACCCGUUCGGGAAUCCGUACUACGGCUGCAGACUGUCCCACUCGCACAACCUGCAGCAGAAGCCGUGCUCGUACCACCCCGCGGAGAAGUACGCCGAACCCAGCGGCGCGCUGACCGGCGAGGAACUGACCACCCGGGCCAAGGAGUUCGCCUUCUACCCGAGCUUCGCCAGCUCCUACCAGGCGGUCCCGGGAUACCUGGACGUGUCUGUGGUGCCAGGGAUCAGCGCGCACCCGGAGCCGCGACACGACGCUCUCAUCCCCAUGGAAGGGUACCAGCACUGGGCUCUGUCCAAUGGCUGGGACGGACAGGUGUACUGCUCCAAGGACCAGAGCCAGUCCCAUCUGUGGAAGUCACCUUUCCCAGACGUGGUUCCUCUGCAGCCGGAAGUCAGCAGCUACCGCCGCGGCCGCAAGAAGCGCGUCCCGUACACGAAGGUGCAACUGAAGGAGCUGGAGAAGGAGUACGCGGCCAGCAAGUUCAUCACCAAAGACAAGAGGCGGAGAAUCUCGGCGGCCACGAACCUGUCCGAGCGCCAGGUCACCAUCUGGUUCCAGAACCGGCGGGUGAAGGAGAAGAAGUUCGUCAGUAAAUCCAAGAACAGUCACAUGCACGCCACCUGAUGCCGCGUGAAUAUCUCGACUCUUCAUGACAUGAGUUGACAUCCUCUAGUGAAGAUCUCCGUUUUAUUUUUCUACCAUCGACUCCAGUUCCGUUCGGAGAAUCUCCAGAGGCCGUGAACACAUCAGAGAAUGGCGUCACGUUUGUUUUAUACGACUGUACAUAUAUAAAUAUAUAAUAUUUAAAAUGUAUUUGUUGAUAUGUAUCUCCCUUCCGAACCUUAUAUCGGACCGAAGACAUUUCUGAUGGAACCCUUGCUGCCACGAGGGUCGUGGCGUCAUCGCAUGUUGAACUUGAAAGACUUUUCCAUUUUCAACAAAAAUCGUGCGUGCGGGGAGAGAAGACUUGGUUCCUAUGUGUAGUGCAAUCAACCACCCUUAUUUAAGUCGUGUUCGACGGACACGUCCUCACUUCUUCGUUGGUGUCGCUUCGGAUCAGCUCGGUUCUGGUGCGGUCGUGAUCUGUGUUGUGUUG